AUGGCGCGGCGCAGGAGCCCCGGCCGCUUCUCCUUCUCGCCGCCGCGCGGCUUCCCCGACGCCUACAGCUCGGAGCCCGAGGCGGCGGGGGGCGAGGGCGGCCCCCGCGAGCCGCGCAAGCCGCCGCGCGCCGCCUCGGCCCGCCCGCGCCGCCCGGCCCCGGCCGGCGAGGGCGGCGCCACCCCCUCGUGCACCACCCUCGACGGCGGCGAGGCCCCCGGGAAGCUGCUGCGGCUGCUGCGCGACGAGCCCUGGGCCAGCCCCGUGGGCUACGGCGCCGACGGCCCCAGCGACGCCAGCCGGCCGCCCUCCCUGUGCCCCUCCGCCUUCUCCUUCUCCCAGCCCGACGGGCCUCCCCCCAAGGGCCGCCAGAGGGAGCCCCCGCGGCCCACGUGGCCCGAGCCCCGCGACAGCUGCCCCAGCCUCGCCGACCUCGUGCCCCUCCAGGCCAGGCCCUGCGAGGACAGCGACGCCCCGACGGCCUACCUGGCCCUGGACCCACGCGGCCAGCCCCGCCGCCAGGCCUACCGCCAGCACCAGCAGGCCCACCGAGGAGACGCCCACCUCGGCCUGAGGGACCUCGACGAGGACUUCCUCCCGGAGCGGGACCAGAAGAUCGCCGCGCUGAUGCUGGCCCGGCACCGGGAGGAGGAAGCGCGCCGGGACCGGCAGCGCCAGGCCGCCGAGGCCUGGGAGAAGAUGCGGCGCAAGGAGAGGAAGCACAAGGCCCGCCUGGAGAAGGAGAAGCAGUGCCAGCUGGCCGAGAGCCUGGACCAGUGGCACAGGCACCGGGACCAGAGGAAAAGCAAGCUCCGGCUGGAAGAGCAGCAGCUGCUGGUGGCCCGAGAGAAGGAACUGAUGCUGCGGGACAAAAGGUGGAAGAAGAUGGCCAAGGAGCAGGAGAGCCGGCGGAGGACGAGGCUCGACGGCAAUAAACUCCAGGCCGACUAUAAGAAACACUGCCAGGAGAGGCAGCUCUGGGACAGGAGGCUGAGCGAGAGGAAUGUGAAGGAGCAUGCCUCGAAUUCGUAUAAGGAUCAGAUGCUGCAGGCCCUGGAGAGGAGGCUGAUGAAAGAAAUGGAAAGGAAAAGGAAGAGGGCCGACGUGAACCAGUACAAGAAAGCCCGGCACGUGCGCGCGAAGGAACAGGCGGACGACAGAGGCAAAGCGGAGGAGCUCUACAAAAGGCUCUGCAUCGAGCAGAAGCUCCAGCGGUCGCAGGAAAUCCUGGAGCAGCUGAUUGAAGAAAGGAACCGAGAGUUAAAGGAAAAGUCCCUCAAGGAAGAGGAACAAGGCUUGAUCGCCAAGGUUCGAACUAAAGAGACGGAGGAAGAAAAGAGACGGCGCAAGGAGAUGUUGCUGCAGAUAGCCGAGAUGAAGAUCCAGCAAGCCAAAGAAAUCAUGACCAAAAAUAUCCAAGACCGAGCGCAACGAGCAAGAGAAAUUAACUGCAUGAAAGAAAGAAACCACCACUGCCGCAAACAGAAGCUUGAUGAUGAUGAGAAAUGUCACCUGCGGGAAAUUCAAGAAGCCAUAAGAAGGAAAGAUCAGAAAAGCAAUCAGAUUCUAAGGGACAAGGAGGCAGCUAUUGAGGAGUCUCGGAGAAUAGCCAAAGCAUCUUAUGACCUGAGAGAAAAAGUGAGAGAUCUGAUAAAGCACGGUUCGUUUGAUCAGAUAGCUUUUGAUGCCCAUCGCAAUGUGAGCCUCCUUAGGGGUCUCUAG